UAUGGGAAGAUAAACGCUAUUCUGAAUGCUACCGGUUGGGCCUAUAUGGGAUGCUUCAAAAGGUCAUGUCGUGCAAGAGUCAUAAAGUAUGAUAAUGAGUUUGAGUGCACGAAGUGCGGAGUGCGGUCUUCUGAAGAAAACUGGCUCUACAAAUUGAAGCUGAAUGUUGUGCACGGUCGUCACAAGGCUGAGCUGCUAUUCUGGGAUCAAGCAUGCAAGCAGUUUUUGGGAAAACCUGCGUCCGAUUUUCGUGAACACCUGGAUGAUGUCAAGUUAAGACCUCACAGUGCCCCUCCAUUGUUCUACGACUUGGUUGGGCGGGAGUACUUAUUCAAAAUUGAGAGAGACAUCGCGAGUUUAGAUGGACCCGGUGCUGCCUUUUGCAUAAGCAUGACAACAGACAAUAAGGAAAAGAUUGAACAGAUCAAGUCAUCCUGGAAAGAUGAACCAGAGCCAGAG